AUGAAAACCGUUGGCCCCAUCAAGAACUGGUGGUACGCCAUCAACGAAAUACCAGAUAUGAUUUACUCCAGCCUUUUCCUGCUGCUCUGCUGCACAAUCCUGCUGCUGGGAACGGCGGUGUCAGGUGCACAGAAUGGUAGUUUUAACAGCACUAGUCCUCACCACAACCGAACUCAUCGAGGACAUGGCCAUGGCCAUCGAACGCGUCAUCAGGGAAAUUACCUAGCCACGCAGCAGAGGCAGCAGCGCAGAUUACAGUCGUUGAGCCAAGCCAAAUCGGAUGUGGAACUACUGCCCGGGGUGACCAUGCAGGAGGUCACUAGAUUACGACGGGUUCAACCACUCAAUCCCUAUAAUAAAGUGCAGACACGACACCUCCACCAAUCACGAUCGCUCUCCGAAUGGGAUUAUAAUACAUAUAAUAUCCUGACCAACACGUUUGGUCCGCCUCCGCCGCCGAUGCCUUCGUCACCACGCGCCGGAAAGGGCGAGGAUAACACCCAGGAUGUGGAGUUCAUCGGGGUGCGGGAGCGGGGCAGGGGCUACUCCUUUGUGCCCUCAGUUAGCACCAGUGCCCCACCGCCGAAUCUGAACAGGAGAUCCGCCAGUCCUGGUUUUGGCAGCAGCCUGGGCACCAUCCCACCACUUGUUCCGUCCAGAAGGGGCUAUAGCUACACCACCACAACAUCUCCUCCCCUAACCACCAUCACCACCGAAAAUCCCUUCGAGACGAACACCAUUGGUCGGGGCUAUCCCAAUGAUCCCAAGGAAAUGGAAAGGCGGCACAUUUGCAUGCAACAGCGAACGGUGACGAUGCCCGUGAAACGAACGGAGGUCUACUCCCGUCCCACCUGGAAGCACGUGGCCAUGCCCUGCCAGCCGCCCACCUACAAUGGCCAGAUGUGCACCCGGGUGCAAGUGGUCCACGAGCAGGCCUACAGGGACGUCAUCGACCACAAGACCGCCCAGCAGAUGAGCUACGACUGCUGCACGGGCUGGAGCCGGGAAAACCCAAGGGCGGAUGCGUGCAUGAAACCUGUUUGCUCCACCCGAUGCCAGAACGGCGGAAAUUGUACGGCUCCAAGCACCUGUAGUUGUCCUUCGGGCUACACAGGACGUCACUGUGAGCAGGACGUGAACGAGUGUCAGACGGAAAAGCCCUGCGAUCAGCAGUGCGUCAAUACACAGGGCUCCUACUUCUGUCGCUGCCGCCAAGGAUUCGUCCUGCAGGCGGAUCAGCAGAGCUGCAAGAAGGUGUCCACGAAUGCGGACGACGCCUUCGAGGCGCGGGAUCUGGAGAACGACAUUGACGACACGGAUGCGGAGGUGGUGACGCGGCUGCAGAAGAUCGAAAAGUCACUGGCCAACGAGCGGGUGCACACCAACGAGCUGCAAAAGUCGCUCCAGGCCACCUACAGUGUGGUAGACACACUUAAAAGUCGACUGAGCACGCUGGAAAAGCAGGCUCAGGACGUCAGUCGACUUCAGACGAAUCUCUACAGGACGGAGUCGCGGACCAACAAGCUUGAGGGGAUGCUAAACCUGCUGAUGAAGUGCCGGAACGGCCCCAAUGCCAACUGCCCCUAAAACCAGAACUGCAUUUCCCUAUACGCUAUUAUUAAAUGUUAGUUAACCUAAUUGACCACUCUGUUCACGUGUAGCGGCUCCUGCUUGUAAGCCAUUCCCGAAUGCGAGUCGAGUGCCUCUGUAGUCUCUAGGAUCAGCCCUCGGAUCAGGAUCAGGCUGUUAGUACUUAAGCGAACGUGUCAUAAAUGUAUCGAGAUCUGAAGAUCUGAAGUUUUAGCCGUAAGCGCACCACCGCACUAUGCACCACCCUAUUAUAUGUGGGUGGUGCACCGAUAAGUUUCUGCAUGUAUCUGUAUAUAAUUUUAAUGUAUAUGAGAAAUCACUGCACAAAUAAAUGCAUUUUCUGAUUUGAA